ACGCGUUAGAACGGAUAAACACUCCUGGUUGGAUGUUUGGCGUUCAGACCGCAAUAACGCGUGAUCGCAGUCAGACUAGACUCAUUUAAUCGGAUGAAUAUUGAAUAAUCCGAGAAUUGGUUGGAUAGAACACCACGGAACGCCGGAAUAUUCAUUCAAAUUGGCGGAAUUAAAUUGCUCGUAUUAAAAUAAUUUGUGAAAUUGGAUAUACAGUGAUUGCAGUAUUCACCAAAGAAUAAAGAUGAAUUGUCCAAGUUCCUCCAGAAGGCAAUUAUCACUAAUCUGUGCAUACCUCGCUUUCAUUUCUCUCUGGAAUUCUGGAUUGAGUCUAGAUUUUGGACUUUCACUCAAACAAGAUAAAUUGUCCUUAAAAGAUCUUCCGAUUCCAUCAAUUCUGCAGGGUGAAAAAUUGAAUGCAACUGCUCAUAAUGCAACGAAAUCAUUGAGCACUUCGAACGCAACAGAAUCAGCAAUUACUCACAAUGCAACAGCACCGGGGAUCAGUGCAUAUGCGAGAAACCUCGGGGCCAUUUCGAACGCAACAGAAUCGGCCAAUCCGAAACCAGAAGUCAGAUUUGAGAAAAAGCCUGAAACUAAUGGUACGUCAUCCCCAGGGGAGAAAGAUGAUACCACCUUUCAGCCCGACACCGUUCUAUUUCGUGCUGAGGACGUAGUCACUGAGAAACCUAUUUCAAUCGACGAAGUUAAGGGGCGAACAGAUCUCAAAACGACGGAGACUGAGGUGAAAGUUGAGAUCCCGCCAUCUGAGCGAAUGAAUCCCCUCCCUGCUCACAAUUUAACGAAAAAUCCCGAGUCAAAAGACCCAGUCAGCAGGAAAUUAGUCGAUCGCGAAGACGUUCAGCUCCCAGUGAACAAAACUGCUGUAUAGAAAGUCUAAUGCAAAUUCAAAAUUUGUAUCUUCUAUCAUUAAAGAUUUAUUUCAUAAUAUAA